UCCGUUGCUAGGCUGCAGCGGGAUCAGCGAGCACGUCAACAGGUCGCUGUCGGCUCAACCUGCGUUUUUAUCUGCGUUUACCUGCGGCGGGUCACGUGUUUCCCCGCGGCUCGACCUCACCUGCUAACGCCGAGCUGAGGGAGCUGAGAGCCGGCCCCAGGAGCUCAGGUCCAACCAACCUGAGCUCCACGUGGUUCUGGUGAGCCGCGUCUCCAGCCAGGGGCCACCGUCUCCAGCCAGGGGCCACCCUCUCCAGCCAGGGGCCACCAUCUCCAGCCAGGGGCCACCAUCUCCAGCCAGGGGCCACCGUCCCCAGCCAGGGGCCACCGUCUCCAGCCAGGGGCCGCCGUCUCCAGCCAGGGGCCGCGGCCCAGGCGCAGCCUCAUGAAGUAGCCCCCACUAGCAGCGUCUCCCAAAGUGAGCAGCAUGGCUGCUUCCAACACCAAGAUGUCAUGGAGGCUGCAGGAGUUCGAGGCUCAUUCCCGCUCUGUUUCCUGCCUGGCUCUGGGGAAGAGCUCCGGCCGCCUGCUGGCCACCGGGGGGGAGGACUGCAGGGUCAACAUCUGGGCCGUCAGCAAAGCCAACUGCAUCAUGAGCCUGACGGGCCACAAGACCCCUGUGGAGUGUGUCCAGUUCAACGCAUCAGAGGAGCAGGUUGUGGCUGGUUCCCAGUCUGGCUCCAUACGCAUCUGGGACCUGGAGGCCGCCAAGAUUUCACAGACGCUGGCGGGACACAAAGCCAACAUCACCAGUCUGGGAUGUCAUCCAUACGGAGACUUCCUGGCCUCCAGCUCCAUGGACACCAACAUCAAGCUGUGGGAUGUCCGGAGGAAGGGCUACGUGUUCAGGUACAAGGGUCACUCUCAGGCUGUCAGGAGUCUGGCCUUCAGUCCAGAUGGGAAGUGGUUGGCCUCGGCGAGUGACGACUGCACGGUGAAGCUGUGGGACCUGACUCAGGGGAAGACCCUCACCGAGUUCACCGCUCACACGGCGGCCGUCAACAUCGUCCAGUUUCACCCCAACGAGUACCUGCUGGCGUCCGGCAGCUACGACAGGAGCAUCAAGCUAUGGGACCUGGAGAAGUUCAGCAUGAUCGGAUCGCUGGAGGGAGACACGUCUGCCGUCAGGUGCAUGUGCUUCAGCGCUGACGGCUCCUGCCUCUACAGCGGGGCCAGCGACUCCCUGCGUGUGUUUGGCUGGGAGCCGGACCGCUGCUUCGACGUGGUGCCGGUGGGCUGGGGACGGGUGUCGGACCUGGCCGUCUGCAGCCAGCAGCUGAUCGGCGUGUCCCACCAGCUGUCCAGCGUCUCUUCUUUCGUGGUGGACCUGAAGAGGGUGAAGAAGAGCGGCGGCUCCGUGAUCCAGGGAAUCAUCCAGGACAACCGGCCCCUGGCAGAGCCCAAGGACCCCAAGGGGGCCGCGCUGCGUCGGAGCUACGAGAGGCCCACCACCACCUGCAGCUCUCACAGGGUGAAGCAGCACUCGGAGGCUGACAGGCGGAGCCCUGAGGGAGAGAGGCGGAGCCCCAGCGAGGACGAGGCGGACGAGAAGGUGGCGUCCGCUGAGAUCCACAACGCCGAGGACUACAAGGAUCUCUUCCAGCCCAAGAACGCCAUCUCUCGGACUCCUCCCAGGACCUCGGAGCCGUUCUCCGCUCCUCCUGAAGACGAGACCGUGCUGGCGAUCGGCCGACAGCUGAAGGACAUGAUUCCUCCGUUUCCUGAAAGGCAGCAGGCCCCCCCCCUGGCCACCUCCACCCCCGUCCAGCGGGUGGAGCCCACAGUCAUCUCCUGUGCGAAGCGCCCCGCCCCGUCGGCAGCGGUCCCUGCGUCCGGUGACCCCCCCUCCUCCAGCCAGCCCCCCCCUGCAGCCCCGGUGACCUCCACCAAGUCCAAACAGCCCAAGAUCAUCCUCAGCACCAGGAACGAGCCCAUCGGCCUCAACGUGGCCGACUUCCUGCCGUUCUCAGGGCAGCAGAACUCGGGCAGCCUGAGUGACGAGGAGGCUCUGUCCCAGAUCAAGAAGGGCCACGAGACCAUGUGUGUGAUGCUGAGCAGCCGCCACAAGAACCUGCAGACGGUCCGGGCCGUGUGGACCCGGGACGACAUGAAGAGCGCCCUGGACAUGGCUGUCUCCAUCAGUGACCUGUCCAUCGUGGUGGACAUCCUCAACAUCAUCAACCAGCAGCCGUCUCUGUGGAAGCUGGACCUGUGCACCACCAUCCUGCCCCAGAUCGACAAGCUGCUGCAGAGCAAGUACGAGAGCUACAUGCAGACCGGCUCCACGUCCCUGAAGCUCAUCAUGAAGCACUUCUGGAUGCUGAUCAACGACACGCUGAAGGCGUCGCCGGCCGUGGGGGUGGACAUCAGCCGGGAGGAGAGACACCAGAAGUGCCGAGCGUGCUGCAAGCACCUGAAGAACCUGAGCAACAUCGUGAAGAACCGGGCCCUGCAGGUGGGUCGCCACGGCAGCGCCUUCAAGGAGCUGCAGCUGCUCAUGGUGCCGCUGGACGAGGCGCUCUGACCCGCGGUGCCGGCGGUCCGUGGUCCUCCAGCGGCAGCCCAGCCCGGCCCGGCCCGUCUCCCUCACAGCUCCACCAGUCUGCACCGCUGGAACAGCUUCUGUGUGACCUGUGGGCGGAGCCGCUGGGGGUUCUGCGGUCCGGCCGGCUGCUCCGGCUGCUCCGGCCGGACUUUUCUACUGUUCAGUGUUUCCCGUGUUUAAUUUAAAUAAAGAAGUUAUUGGGUGAAGCGUCUCGUUCCUCCGGCUGCAGGGACACGUCCACAACACGCCAGAGCUCAGCGUGAGCCCGGCCCGGCACAGGUACUUUCAUUCAGUGACAAUAAAUAUUUUUGAAUUGCACUUUGUUUAAUUUAACAAUCAGAUGCAGAUGUUGUUACAAUUAUGAGGCUACUUGAAUAAAUAUAUAUUCAAUUCAAUUUGUAUAGCGUCUAAUACAACAGAAGUUGUCUCUAGGAUCUUUCCAGAGAUCCAGAACAUAAACCCCCGAGCAAUUAUUACAUAAACAAUGGCAGGUAAAAACUCCCCUAGUGGGAGAAAAACCUUAAACCAAACAGUGGCAAGAAAAACUCCCCUUUAGGAGGAAGAAACCUCGACCAGGACCUGGAUCAUAAGGGGGACCCUCCUGCCAAAGACCAGACUGGGGGAGUCAGGGACGUCAGCAGCACAGCAGGCAGGUGGAAGCAGCAGCGGGAUGCCCAGAGGGGGGGCAUAUAUAAAGCAAAUAAAUAUUUUAUGCAAUUAUAACUGAAAACUUUAAUGGUUUCAUACCUUUAAACAUAUUUAAAGGCAAAAAACAUGGCACUAGUUAUGCUGGUGUCCAACAAAACAUUCCUUUUUUAGGCAAAAACAAAAAAAUACCAAAAGUUGUAAUGUAAUGAUGAAAGAAGAAAAAAAAAAUUGAUCUUUAGCCAUACGAAUCGAUUUUUAGGAAUUAAUAUGAGAAUCGAUUUAGAAUCGGAAAGCCGAUCUUUUAAACACAGGCCUAUUCAACUGGCUUUGUUUUAGUUUUAAAAGUAGCCCAAACUGCUUCUCUAAGACCAGUACUUUUGUCUUUCCCGGCUGGUACUGUGUUAGGACACACCUGCAGCCCCCAGACCUUCAUACAGGUAGUAAGACUGUCCUCAUUCUUUUUAAGUGAAUAAAUGAUUGCAUACUGGAAAAAAAAAGUUAUAUAAUGUUCUUUGGAGGAUGCAUCUGCUGAAUAUUUAAUGUCAUAAACAGAUAACUAUGUAUUUAACAGGCAGCAGCUCAAUCAUCUCAAACACCACAACUGAAUCUG